AUGAUACCAAAAAUUUGUGUAGCGAUACCACCAUUAUGGGAUACAUAUAUUCAAGGACCAAUAAUUGUAAUAUUAAAUUGGAUACAUUCAUACGUGUGGCCAAUAUUUAAAUCCACAUUGAUUACAACGUGGGAUAUUGGAAAGAUAAUAGGUAAGGAAGGACAAAAUUUUCUGAUUCAUUCAUGGAAUUUUUCCGUGAAAUAUUCGAAAAUUGGAUGGAAUGAAAUAAUAUGUCCAUUAUUGGUAUUCAUGUCAUGGUUUAUAACGAAUUUUAUCGUUGAACCGGGAAAAUGGAUCGUAUCAAAAGCCAUUUACUUGGGAAGGAUAACAUGGUAUUGUGCUUGUGCCCUUGCUAAAGAUUUAGCAAAAGAUUUUAGAGAUCUAUUAUGCUUUGGAUGGAAAAUUUCGGUGAUCAUAUAUGACAACGCAUUAAAACCUACCAGUGAAUUUAUUCAUUAUUCAACUAUCAAAAUUUAUGAAAAAUACGAAUAUUAUUUUCCUAUACUUCAAAAUUUUUUAUAUACUAGAUUUGUAUUAGCGGCCGCAAGUGAUACGAGUUAUGUAAUAUAUAUGAUAUGUGGGGAUCCAUUACUUCGUAGUUUUGCGGAAUUCAUUUAUUCUAUAAUACAAUCCCCUACCCUUUAUAAUUUCAUCAAGAAACAUCUUCAAAUUCUUACACCAAUAUUGAUGAAUCGUUUGAAGCACUGUGGGUUGGAAUUGGCGGAAUUCUCAUUCAUCUCAACGAUAGAAGCGUUGAGAUCAACAUAUUAUACUUACCAUACUACUCUCUUACCAAUAAUCAUUGGUAUCCCUAAAUUUUAUAACGAGGCUAAACUCGUUUGUAACAAAUUUUAUAGAAAUAUUAAAGAAAAGGUGUUGAAAAUUUUAGGAUCUUUAUGGAUCAUAUUUGCUCCUUUAUUACGCCCUAUAAUAUUAGCUUUAAGUCUCUUUUAUACCACAGUUAUUUUAGUCAUACUUUUAGCAACAUUUAGGAUGGGUAAAUGGGCGGUAUCAAUGUCAAUCAUAGCGUUUAGCAAAGCGCUCGUCUUAGUUACAAAAGGGUUAUCAAUAAUAUAUUCUAAACUAGAAUCGAUUUAUAAUGCUCUUUCACCUCAUAUCUCUUCAAUACUACAGAUGGUAAAGGGUGUGAUGUAUGAAUUAUUCAUAGCGAUUAAUGACUUAAUGGCAAAGUACUUUCCUUCAUUUAUAAAUUCUUUCAAGUUAUUUGCGUUAAGGCAGCUGCAAUUAUUCAAAGAUUAUUCUAUAGUUACUUAUGAGAAAUAUGAGCCCGUUGUUUUAGAAUUGAAAGAGCGUGUUAGGGUGACUGCUGAUGAAGCUGUUAUUGGUAUUGGUCAAGCUAUGAUAAAUUGGGUUAAAAAUGAAAGAGCAUUAAAAGAGGGAAUAUCACUCAAAGAAGAAUGA